AUGUCGGCCAUGUCUUAUAAUAAUAAUUCAGUGUACACACCUACCACAAUGUUUAGACAUCCCACCACGUCUUUCACCUCUCCUUCUUUACAUGCGAAUACAAAUAAUGGUUCAAAUAAUAAUAGCCCAUAUUCACUUCAUCUCUACCCACCAUUAAAUGAACAUCAAUCCUCCCCUCAUCCAUCCAUGACGACUCCAUCUACUCCAAACCAUUGGCCCUCUUCACCAGACAAACAACGUCUUAACCAUUAUCCGCCGCACGGAUCGAAUACAAUUACUGUAAAUAUGCCAUUUGGUUCAAAUUUCCCUUCUAAUGGUUCAUGUAUGUUACAUAUGUUAGACGAUAAGUCGAAAACACAACGUUCUAUGAUGGAUAGUUUACCAACUCCUGCAACAAUUUCUACUUCAAUUCCUGCUUUUCAAGGUCCACCACAACAUAUGAUACCACAACACUCGUCAGGAAAUUCUUCACUUCCUCCUCCACCAAACCAGUCACUAUUGGAUAGUAUGUCACCUGUUGGGAGGAACCAAAGUCGAACCUUAACCAACUCGAAGCGUGCCGCUCAAAACAGAGCAGCUCAACGAGCUUUCCGUCAAAGGAAAGACAAAUAUAUUAAAGACUUGGAAGCAAAAGCUAAAGAUUUGGAUAAUACGAAGAAACAAUUAGAUACCGUAUUAAAGGAAAAGAUGGAAAUGUCCCAAACGAUUAAAUCUCUAAAAGCCGAAAUUUCUAAAUUAAAAGGAGACGACGUUAGUGAAGAUGAAGGACGUCAAGUCUUUGGUAAUAAUAACAUGAAUAAUGGUACUGGAACUACUUCAACUUCCAAUUAUUCGCAUUAUGGAAAUUCAACUAGAAAUGAUGAUGACCCACAAGGACUUGGUGAUGAACCUUGGCUUAGACAUAAAGAUCCUUCUCGAAAGGAUUGUAAUAAUACGAACGACGAACGGUCUAAUUCUUUUCCGUUCUCUCCAAGAGGAGGGUCAGGAUUAGUUUUACCUCCAGGACCCAAUACCGAUUCAUCAGUUGACCCAUAUUUUCGAGAUUAUCAAGAUACAGAUCGUGUGUAUGAUGAUUUGUGUGAAUUAUUAAAAACAAGGACUCGUCCUUCGUUGCCACAAAAUAUUGGUAAUCUUUGGCAACCUCAUCCACCUUCUCAACAAGGUGUUGUUUCAAACGGAAGUAGUACUGUGGUAGGGUAG